CGCACGCGCGUUGCUGUGACGCUCCUUCAGCCCUUUCCUUUCACUUUGUAGUAUCUGCUAGAAUACACAUCACAUCAUGGCUGAUGAAGUUGACUUCAACACUGGAGAUGCUGGUGCUUCUGCCACCUACCCGAUGCAGUGUUCUGCACUUCGCAAGAAUGGAUUUGUGGUGCUCAAGGGACGUCCCUGCAAGAUUGUGGAAAUGUCAACUUCGAAGACUGGCAAGCAUGGUCAUGCCAAGGUCCAUCUAGUUGGCAUUGAUGUUUUCACUGGCAAAAAAUAUGAAGAUAUAUGCCCUUCCACUCACAACAUGGAUGUUCCAAAUAUCAAGAGGAAUGACUAUCAACUAAUCUGUAUUCAGGAUGGUUACCUCUCUUUGCUGACAGAAAGUGGUGAAGUUCGUGAGGAUCUGAAGGUGCCUGAAGGUGAACUGGGCAAAGAAAUAGAAGGGAAAUACAAUGCAGGCGAGGACUUCCAGGUGUCGGUCAUGUGUGCAAUGAGUGAAGAAUGUGCCGUAGCCAUAAAACCUUGCAAAUAGGACCACCAGGAUGGGAGCAGUUGCUUAAGUCCCAGCAACUGCAGAUCUUGUAUUUUAGUUCUGAUAAUCACCAAAGCUAUAACCUUCACUAGCAACCUCGUGUCUUUGUUUGAAAAUAGUGCUGACUAAUGUUGCAAGCCAUUUGGCAAUAUUAAAAUUGCUGAAGCUCAAGUGCUUACAGGAAUGGCAAGGCAGUCAAAACUGUCAUUUUAGAUCAUGAGGUAUUACAACUAGUUUGCUUUGCUCAAGUGAGACUUUGUGAAGCAGUGCCAAUACCAAGGUAGUACAAAGUUUGGAUUUAAGGAAGU